AUGGAGGGUGCCCCUAUUAGGUCCUCGGGAGUGCUUAAGACCCAAGAGGGUCGGAAUUCCGAAUUUCGCCUCCUCUUGUUGGCGGGGUUAGGAGAAGAGUUGAUUACAACCUCUUCUUGUAAAGAAGGAGGAGAGACAACAACACCACUUCCCCCAACAAAGAGAAGAGCUAGCACGACUACUCAUGAUGAUACCAAGAAGAAGAGAAAGGACUCGAGCGACGUUGUUG